AUGGACUCGGACAUCUCCAAGGCCUUCCAGGAGGAACUGACCUGUGUCAUCUGCUUGGGUAUCCUCAUAGACCCAGUCACCAUCGACUGUGGACACACUUUCUGUCAACCAUGUAUCUGCUUUGCCUGGGAAGAAGCCGAGAUUCCAGACAUGUGCCCUGUCUGCAGGGGUCCAUCGCGGCAAAGAGACCUCAAAACCAACAUCAUUCUGAAGCAUCUGGUGUCCAUUGCUAGAAAAGCUAGCCUCCGGCAGUGCCUGAGCUCUGAAGAACACCAGUGUGAGAUACACAAGGAGGCCAAGCAGACGUUCUGCGAAGUGGAAAAGGAGUUGCUCUGUAAGCUCUGCUCCCAGUCUCCGGGGCACAGGAACCAUAGACAUUGUUCCAUUGAAGGCGCUGCUGAGCAGCAACAGGAGCUGAUGUUAAAGCAAAUGAGAUCUUUAUGGGACAAGAUACAAGAAAACAAGAGAAACAUGAAUCAACAGCUUGUUUUAGUCACCGAUUGGAUUUGCUAUGUGUAUACCUAUCGCCAGCUCAUCAACAAUACCUAUGAGAUGCUGCUUCCAGAAUUGCAGGAAGAGGCAAAAAAGCAUUCAGACAUACUUUCAGUUGAAGAAAGCACCACUUUACAGCAACUUGAAAGAAGAAAAACACAAAUGCUGAAUAAGAACAAACAACUCAGAAAGAUGUAUCAGGAGCUGCUGAAAACAUAUCAAAAUCCAGAUGUGGAACUCCUCAAGGAUUUGAAAUACAUACUACGAAGGUGUGAGUCACUGUUGGUCUUUCUGCCCCAACCUAUGAAUCCAAAGCUCAGUGGUCUUCCCAUGUCUGGACUGAUAGAAGAACUCAACCAGUACAGAGUGGAGAUUUCCUUCAACCAGGAGCCACAGAAUCCUGAUGUGAUGCUGUUUGACUAUGUGAGAAAACUCAUAAAUGGCCAAGACAACGAUGAUGUAUUUUUGAAUUCUGAUGGAUCCAGCGAUUUGACUGCAUGGGGAGUAAAUGUGUUCAGCUCUGGGAAACAUUACUGGGAGUUGAGUGUAGAUGACUCUUGGGACUGGGCAUUAGGAGUCUGUAGGAAUUCUGGGGUACGGAAGAACUCCACAAUAAUUGACUCUGAGGAUAUAUUUCUGCUUUUGUGUGUGAAGGGGAGUAAUGAUUCCCAUCUCUUUACCUCAUCUCCAUUUUUGUCUCAUUAUAUGGAGAGGCCUGUGGGCAGGAUUGGUGUGUUCCUAGACUUUGAAAAUGGAAACUUGAGUUUUUUUAAUGUUGCUAAGAGCUCCUUUAUCUGGAAGUACCCCACUGGCUACUUCCAAUUUCCUGUCAGGCCUUUUUUUGCUACUUCCCAUACAUGA